AUGCAUAUUGCCGAAGCAGAUAUGAAAAUUGCCUCCACGUUGAGAGGAUCGACUUUCAUAACCUCCGAGGCGUUCGACAAACGGAUGAGGGACGCCAAGCUACGGUUUGCGUCUGCCAGCCUUCAUUUGGAAGAGCACUCUCGUCUGUUACAUAUGGAGAACAGCUUGAUUCCAAAGCUCCCCGGGAACGACCAUGGAGCCGCCUUCAGCGACGUGGUCCGUGCCAUGUUUAAGGACCAGGAAGGGCCGGACAGGAGAAAGAAGCGUGCCGAAAUGUGGCUUAGCAAGGCCGAGGACUACUACGAAGGAGGACAUAGAUCGAGCUGGUAUGAGAUGAGUGGGUCCACUUGUGUGUCACAUCACUGGGCGCUGGCCAUCCCGGAGCACCUCUUUGGCGAGAUGGCGCACGAAGUUGACACUCCAACGAACUCGUUGCUAAUGACCCACUACCUUAAGAGCUGGUUCGACGAGUACCAAAUUGUUAUCGUCCCAGUCGAUCCGUCCGAAUCACCCAUCACUAGGUGGAAAAUUGAUAUCAUAUCAUCCGAUAUCAAAGAUUCGCCGAUCGAUGGGAAGGAACUCGAGUUCCUAAACGACCACCGCCCAAGUGCAAGUUUUCUGUAUUUUCGGUUCAUGCUCACCCUAAUUCGAAUCAGGGAUAAGCAAAGGGCAGGGUGGGAGAAUAUCUGGGCUCGCUAUAGAACCACCAAGCCCUUCGGUACACCGGGGCGAUAUUGCAGAGACGGCACGUUAAUGGCCAUGGCUGCCCACAGCAAACUGUCGGCUCCUGAGGAGAUCGAAGCUUUCCUGAUGGAACUUUGCGGACCGGAAACAAUACCGCCGGUAGUUUCGUCGGAGGAUGUUAUCAACGGUAUGAGGAAGGAGAUGGAAGUGAUUGUGAAAUGCGUUGAGACUGUAGAGGACGAGGAGACUGGUGAGUGGAAUGAUACUGAGGAUUGGGGCAGCGACGAGGACAGCGACGAGGACAGUGACGAGGACAGUGACGAGGACGAGGAGGACGAAGAGGCUUACGAUCGAAUCUUUGAUUUAAUAAGAAUUAAUUAA